CACGAGCGCCCACCAGGUGGGUUCCUGGCAGUGAAUGUGUUAAAAACAGAUCUAUUGUUUAUUAAUUUAAAUAAGGAUAUACUUAAGUUGUCAAAAUAUUUAAAUUUUAUAUUUGGCAUAUUUCUUAUCAAUAUUAACCCGUUUCCGCACCUACAAGGUUUUCCCAAAAAAUCCAAAUAUAUUCCAAAUUUUCCAGCUUUGAUGAUUCAUUUGAAGACAAGUAAUAUUUCCUGAAAGUGUAAUCUAAUUUGAACCUUAAAUCGGAAUGCUAAAGUUGAAAUUCUAAUGGCGCGUAUGUGGUCGAUAAACCGUACUAUGCCUGGAAAAGGGUUAAACUAACAUUAAAAUUAAUCUAGGUAUUUAGCAUAAAGAUUCACAUACUUAAUUGCAUUAUAAAAUACUAAAGAAGACGGUGAUUAAUUGGACAAGAAAAUGUAUAUAAUCCCAAUACUUUCAAUAAUUAACAAACAAAAGCCGCUAUAAACAACUUACCUUAAGUACUUAAACUUUGGAUAGUUGAAGAACUUAAAUAUUCUAAACGAAGCUUCGCUAAUUAGUCAAAGUUAAGUUAACAACGAGUUAAUUAUCGACGUAGCUAAGGUCUUAGUACACGUUUGUAGGUAGUUCUGUUUCGUUAACAUUAUUUAUUUAUUUAACCUUUAUUGCACAAAAUAAAACUUUACAGUACAAAAGCGGACUUAAUACCUGAGGCAUUAUCUACCAGUCAACCUUUAGCCAAAGCAGAAAGAUUGUGGGCGGCGGCAGUAUGAUAUGCUUCGUUCACAUAUUUAUGACAAACAGCCAACUUAACACCUUCGCUGAGGUAAUUACUCGUAAUUAACCAUUUGAAUGGGUUCUUCGAUCCCCUCCCACGGUGAACUCGUUAAUUAGGUACAUAUGUGGUAGAAGUUUGAGCAACAGUUAGAAAGUAGGCAGCAUAAUCAUUGGUCAUAAUCUUUUAUCAUCGUAAGCUAGACUUGCCCUACCUUUAUACCUGUAUAGGUAGGAAAAGAGACAGUAUAAUAAUAAUUGUAUGUGUUGAACAACCCUAGUGAGUAAAGGCCUUUAGGUUUGCAUACUUAAUUAAUAACCCAAGUAUUUAAAGCCCUUCUUGAUCAGCGGCGUCCAUUUCACAAUCGGUCAACAAAAUGGCCGCCAAAGAUCAAAUAUUCGACUACACCCACUUCAUACAACUGCCAUUAAAAAUCGUUGCCUGCUGGGAGUGGUUUCCCAACACAGAAAGUGAAUUUAAGAUAAUAUUCAAUAAUAUCUACUUAGCUAUAGUUCUCUUUGUGCUUAUAAACUUUCCGAUCACAUUAAUCGUGAAUUUGUACACAGAAUGGGUUGAUAUUAUGGGAAGCUUGGAUAAAUUAGCUGAUGGUCUACCUUUGAUAGUAUCAGUUGCCGUCGUCAUUUAUUUUGCUUUAUAUAAAGAAGAGUUAUAUGACUUGGUGGAGUUUAUGAAUGAGAACUUUAAGUUCCAUUCGGCGAGAGGCUUGACAAACAUGACGAUGGAGGGUAGUUAUACGUCGGCGAAGAAGUUCGCGUAUGUGUAUACGGCUUGCACUUUGUUUAGUGUGACUAUGUAUGUCGCUCUGCCUAUGGGUUUUCACUUGUGGACACAUCAGCCCCUGCAGAGCUGGGCGUACAUGGACGCUGAGCGAAGCCCGUACGUGCUAAUGGCGUUUCUACGGCAGUGCCUUGCGCAGGCCUUCGUCGGCCUCGCCGUCGGACAGCUAGGAGUAUUCUUCGCCACAAACUCCAUCAUCCUCUGCGGUCAACUAGACCUGCUCUGCUGCAGCGUCCGAAACGCACGCUACACCGGCCUAAUACAGAGCGGCGUGCCACAUAAAGCUAUAUUGCGACAAAAUGCUGGGACCUAUGCUGGAAUAGUGGAUGACGAGAGACAUAAUUAUAUCUAUAGCAAGACUGACUUGGGAGACUCGUUGUAUCAUUAUGAUAAGGAAGUAACCUCCCAUUUUACGGAACGACGAAACGAAUUUGAUAUCUACGACUCGGACUUUGACGCCGCGACAGUGGACGCGCUCCGCGAAUGCGCGCGCGUCUGUCAAGUGGUCGCCAGGUACAAGGAGAAGUUCGAAGCCUUUGUGUCGCCUUUAUUGGCUCUGAGGGUUGUCCAGGUCACCCUGUAUCUCUGCACUCUUCUGUACGCGGCUAGUGUGAAGUUUGAAUUGAUUACUGUGGAAUAUCUUGCCGCCGUAGCUUUGGAUAUAUUUGUUUAUUGCUACUUUGGCAAUCAAAUCAUUUUGCAGGCGAGCCGCGUGUCUACAGCCGCCUACCAGAGCGCGUGGCCCGCCAUGGGCGCGCCGGCCCGGCGACUGCUGCUCAAUAUUUUACUCGCCAAUAAGAAACCUGUGACCAUGCGCGCUGGAAGAUUCCUGCCCAUGGAUCUGCAUACUUUCGUUAUCAUAAUCAAAACUUCGUUCUCAUACUACACGCUGCUAGACAAAAUCAACAAUCACUAGCUCUAUAUCGAAGUCCAAUAGAAACAGCAAAUAAUGUAAACAAAUAUGUAUGCUCUUCUUGGCAUUUGACAUCUAACCUAAAAAAAAUUUGAAGUAUCCUGAUUGUCCAAACAGUGUGUGAUUAACUGAUUACAAAGUAUUGAAGGUAAAUUGGUUUGUUUACAUUAUUUCCAAUUUCUUGAUCUCCACUUUAGUCACGAAUUAAAUAAUUAUUCAAUAGAAAAUCAGUAAAUAAAACCAUUAUAAUUCGGAAA